UCAGCCAUGAGUUGAGUGCGCGUGGGUGCCUAGGUGGUGGCCGGCCUGGCCGUCAUUGCCGUCGGCGUCGGAGCCCCGUCCAUUCGGCGAGCUUAUAAAAUGGCUGCUGAGGAGCUAGUCCCAUUUGUGCAAACCAUCCAUCGCAGAUCAGGAGCAACAAAAUCAAGAAAGAGCAGCAGCCAGCAGAGCCGUGUUUAAUCACUCAUCAAGGACCAUAUGGCGCUUCUGGGAGGACAAUUGCACGAGACGAGAAGCAUUGGCAGCCGGAAGACGACGGAGGGGAAGAGCCACGGCGGGUCGAGGUCGUGGCCGCAGGCGCCGGCGCCAGUGAGGCAGCUGUUAUGCAGGGUGAGGCGUGCCGUACUACGGCCGAAGCGCCGCGCCGUGAGUUUCGGGUACGACCUCAAGAGCUACUUCCAGAACUUCGACGACGGCCUCGUCCCUGCCCACCGCCUCUAACCACACCUGCAGUGUCUUCUUCUUCUUCUUCUUCUUUUCGAUUUUACUUGCCGCCCAGCCGGAUCACACGGCUCGAGGCUGGAGAGUUUGAAGCGUCUUCGAUCACCUUGUAGUGAACAGAGUUUGAAGUGUACAAUAGUUUCAGACAUUACUGUUCAUGCACAAGUUGCUUGGUGUUGAAAGUCUUAAACUAGCGAUGAAAUGGCAUAGUAUAUCUAAUGUGCUUC